AAUAGGUGAGACCACCGUGCAUGUGGGGCAUGGACAAGGACACGUGUGAACGGAGGAGAGAAAGACAACUGAAAGCCAACAAAAGUGAUUUAUGUAACACAUGUAAAUGAAGAGAUGGCAACAGUACUCGUAAUCUUUGCUUGUGUGGUCCUCCUCAGCACCAGGGUGCCCUCGUUUCCACUUCACACCAGCGGGGAGUGCUUCUUCAAUACCAAAUGUAUCUGUGAGUACUUGGGUCAGGUGUAUGAUGUAGGAGAGCGAUGGAUCACCUCAGAUUGUUACCAGUGUGUCUGCUUGGAGCCUUUUGGAGUAGGAUGCUGCGAUCACCCCUCCAAGCCUGUGGACUAUCCGGAGUGGUGCGCCAUAAUUCACAAGCCCGACUCUUGCGCCAAUGUCGCAGUGAUGAGAGCCGAUCCCAAGCUGCCCUGCUUGUGGGGACAAGGACGCUUCUGA